UCGGUAGUAGCUGUUGACACGCAAAAAUGAAACGACGCGUUUUAUACCACCAGCGUCCGAAGGGUUGUUAUUAAUCUAUUGAUUCUUGAGUUCCUGGACAAAAUAGAAUAUUUUAAAAUAUCUCUUGCAGUUUUGAAGUCACUGUGAAUUAGACGUAGAUAAGCUGAAACUUGACAAAUACGGCAGCUUAACGGUUUAUAAUCGAAAAUUGGAUAAAACGUUAAUAAUUAUGUGCAAUAAUAUGAGCGUUGAACAAUGAUGUUGAUGAAUAAGAUUGUGUGGUGGUUAAUAACCAUGAGUUUACGCGGCGAUGGAAAAAUAUUGGAUAAAAUUGUAUUGCAGAACUCUCAAUCUGCUUGGAAUAAGAUGAGUGAAUUGAUAAAAUUGUGUUUUUCUGAACGCACGAAUCCGGUUGUUAUUACUGAUGAUUUAGUUGACGCAAUCUAUGGACUUUCACGAGACAUUGAUCAUCCAAAUGUCAACGUCAUUGAUCGCAACUAUCAAGCAAGACAAAUCACGAUAUUCAACCGCACCUAUCCGACGUAUAUUCUUUCCGCUAAUUCAGCUAGUCAAUUGAAAAAUCUGUUGCAUGUAUUGAAGUCGUCGCCGACAUGGAGCAUUAAUUCUGUAUUUUUUAUUAUUGGAACCAACGCAGGAUCUUGUGGCGACGCUUCGAAAAUGCUCCAAGUUCUCUGGAAAUUGAAUUUGAUUUCAGCAUUCUACGUCUGCUACGAGCUGAAUGAGUCAUCGGCUCUAGGGCCGAGAAUUUAG